CUCAAAACCCACCCUGCCUCUUCACUCUUCACUCUCUCUCUAAAAUCUGUUUAAAUUUUUGCUUCUUUUUCUCUCUCACGCCAACCAUAUAGGAACUUGUACAUUGUACGGCUUAAUGGAGGCGGCGGACUUCUUCGUCGGAGGAUAUUACGGUGGUGCAGCAGGCGACGGUUUCUUGCCGGAGCAAAAGCCACCAGAGAAUUUCACGGUGGACGACCUCCUUGACUUCUCCAAUGAAGAUGCUAUUAUCAGCGACUAUUUCCUCGACAAUGUCGCCGCCAAUUCCACCGAUUCCUCCACCGUCACUACCGGAGGCGAUAGCCACUUCUCCUCCGCUAAUGUCCCUCACCUCUCUCAGUUCUCCGGCGAACUCUGCGUCCCGUAUGAUGAUUUGGCGGAACUUGAAUGGCUCUCGAAUUUCGUAGAAGACUCCUUCUCAACAGAUCAGAAUUUACAAAGCAACCUCCAGAUAUUGGCCACCUCAAAAUCACCCACGCCCGAAUCAUCCUCUUCAUCCACCCGAUCCGACAACAACCCGAUUCUCCAACACGACAUUCCACACCCGGCGAAAGCCCGGUCUAAGCGUUCACGGGCACCACCUUGCGAUUGGUCCACCCGGGUCCUCCACCUCAUCCCGAAAUCCAUGGGCCAGAAGAAAAGGGAGAACUCCAACGCCAACCCGGAGUCUUCCGGUCGUAAAUGUUUGCAUUGUGCGGCGGAGAAGACCCCGCAAUGGAGAACGGGUCCAAUGGGUCCGAAAACACUUUGUAAUGCGUGUGGGGUGAGGUAUAAGUCGGGUCGGUUGGUACCUGAAUACCGACCCGCGGCAAGCCCGACAUUUGUGUCGACGAAGCAUUCGAAUUCGCAUAGGAAAGUUUUGGAGCUUAGGAGGCAAAAGGAUUUGCAAAGAGCACAGCACCAACAGUUCCUUAGUCAAACUUCGAUUUUCGGCAUAUCCGACGGUGGUGGUGGUACUGAUGAUUUCUUGAUCCAUCAUCAUGGUGUGCCCCAUUUUAGGCACAUGAUUUAGUUAUAAUUUCAACCCAAAAAGAAAUUGUAUCUCCUUUCCUAAAAUUUGGACUUCAAAAAAGAAUUUUGUAGUUUUUUUUUCUUUAAAUGAAUCUAAAAAGAAUUCUAAUUUUAAA